GCGAUGGCCACUUCGUCCAGCGGCAAGCCGCUACAGCCCGUCACCCACGUUAUUUUUGACAUGGACGGCACCCUCCUGAACACCGAAACCCUUUAUACCAUCGUGUUCCAAGAGGUAUGCGACCGCUAUGGGAAGAAAUUCACUUGGGAAGAGAAAGCUUUAACUAUGGGCAGGAGGGAAGUGGAGGCGAUCGAGAUGGUCCGGAAGAUCCUCGACAUCCCCCUAAGCUCCGCAGAAAUCUUGCGUGAAACUACAGCGAAGAAAAAGGAAUUGUUUCCAACCGCCGCGCUGCUGCCAGGCGUCGAAAGACUCGUCCGUCAUCUCCAUCAAUGUAAGAUCCCCGUCGCGGUCGCCACCAGCUCGGUUCGAGAGUGCUAUGAACUGAAAACGGGUCAUCUCAAACCCUUCUUCGGCCUCUUUCAUCAUAUUGUUACGGGAGAUGAUCCCGAAGUGAAGAAUGGCAAACCGGCCCCGGAUAUUUUCCUCGUCUGCGCGAAGAGGUUUGAGCCUCCUCCAACCCCGGGAAAGUGCCUCGUAUUUGAAGAUGCGCCCAACGGCGUCACCGCGGCCCUAAUGGCUGGGAUGCAAGUGGUCAUGGUGCCCGAUGAACACCUGAAGAAAGAACUUACUAAAGAAGCAACCCUAACACUCCAGUCGAUGAAUGACUUCAAGCCAGAAAUUUUUAACUUGCCCAAAUUUAGUUGA